AUGGAAGAUCUCUUUCCCAUUAUUCAGUCUAUUCCAGAGUGCUCCUCUUCCCAGGAGGAUUUGUACAUUUGGACCUUAGAAAGAAAUUGUUCCUUCUCGGUUCGCUCCUUCUAUAAGUUCCUUGUUGAUGGUGGUUUGCGCACACCACUUUAUCCCUCAUUCUGGAAAGUGGAUUGUCCCAGCAAGGUCACACUUUUCUGUUGGCUUGCUAAUGAUAACAAAAUUCCAUCCAUGUCCAACCUUGCUAAGAUUGGCUGUAACUUUCAGAAAGCAACAAAUACCUGUGUCUUGUGCUACAACAAUUCUGAAACUGUUGACCAUCUUCUGAUUCACUGUGAAUUUGCUUCCCGUAUCUGGGCGUUCUAUGUGAACAAUCUACAUUUACUUACGGCUCCAAUUUCGCUUGAUCAAGUUUGGAUAACUUGGAUUCCUUCCCUAGAAGCGCAUAGGCGCACCUUCUGGGAUCUCCUUACUAGAGCAAUUUUCUGGAAUAUUUGGUUGGAAAGGAAUAAUAGAAUAUUCAAUCUUGCCUUUCUUUCCACUACUGCAAUCUUGUUUAAAAUUUCUCAUAUGCUUAUUGAUUGGUGUUCUGCAGCUAGGGAUCCUACUCUGCAUGUUUCCAGUGAUUCCAUACAAUCCGUCAAGCGUUCUCUCGACUUCCUGAGCGCCAGACCAACGGACCUCGCCAGCAACUCGAUCUAG